AUGGGCAAUGAUGCGAAUGAUGAUGAUGUAGAUGUGCCGAUGGCAAUGAUGCGCAUCUACGAACAGGUGCCUUCAUCCUCUGUGUGUGGUUACCUAAGACGAGGUUUAUCGGUGUUGCCGUUUGGUGAUGUGCCUUCAAAUAAGAGUGAGAGGGCUCAUAGGGGCCUUGAGCAAUAUCUUGGAUGGGUGUGCCGUUCGGUGAUUAGGACAAAGACCAACCAUGAGUUAGCAGACUUGGGAGCUUCUGGAGCUGCCCUUAGAGUUGCUGAUAUGGAGCUUCCAGAAAAGACAAAAUAUAGCUGCCACCGGAGGAGCUGCCGAACACAAUUCUGA